CCAUCUCCCUGGCACCUGCCAACAUGGAAGGUGGCGACGGCGGCCUCGCUCUGCCUGGCCGUCCGGCUCUGGGCUCCGGAGCGGCUGCAGCGACUGUCCGGGAGCUCCUGCAGGACGAGUGUUACAGUGAUUUUUUAAAUGAAGACUUUGAUGUAAAGACUUAUACUUCUCAAUCUAUUCAUCAAGCUGUAAUUGCUGAACAACUAGCAAAACUUGCCCAAGGAAUCAGUCAGUUGGAUAAAGAACUUCACUUACAGGUCGUUGCAAGACAUGAAGAUUUAUUGGCACAGGCAACUGGGAUUGAGUCUUUGGAAGGUGUCCUUCAAAUGAUGCAGACAAGAAUUGGGGCUUUACAGGGAGCUGUUGAUAGGAUGAAAGCAAAAAUUGUUGAGCCGUACAAUAAAAUAGUAGCCCGUACUGCUCAACUAGCAAGACUUCAGGUUGCCUGUGAUUUGCUUCGGAGAAUCAUUCGCAUCUUGUAUCUCAGUAAGAGACUCCAGGGACAACUGCAGGGGGGAAGUCGAGAGAUAACAAAAGCUGCUCAGAGUCUCAAUGAGCUUGAUUAUCUUUCUCAAGGAAUAGAUCUUUCUGGAAUAGAAGUAAUAGAAAAUGAUCUACUUUUUGUUGCAAGAGCUCGACUUGAAGUGGAAAAUCAAGCUAAGCGCCUCCUGGAGCAGGGUGUGGAGACUCAGAAUCCAACCCAGGUCGGAACAGCUCUUCAGGUUUUCCAUAAUCUUGGAACUUUGAAGGAUACUAUUACCAGUGUCAUGGAUGGAUAUUGUGCUGCUAUAGAAGAAAAUAUCCACAGUGCAUUAGACAUCAAAGUUUUGACUCAGCCUUCCCAGUCAGCUGUGAGAGGGGCACCUGGACGAUCUACCAUGCCAGCCCCAGGAAACACUGCAGCGUUUCGUGCUUCCCUUUGGACCAAUAUGGAGAAACUUGUGGAUCAUAUUUUUACUGUUUGUGGCCAGGUACAACAUCUGCAAAAAAUAUUAGCCAAGAAAAGAGACCCUGUCUCUCACAUUUGUUUCAUUGAAGAAAUAGUUAAGGAUGGACACGCUGAAAUUUUAUAUACAUUUUGGAAUUCAGUUACUCAAGCACUUUCUUCUCAGUUUCAGACAGCAACAAACUCUUCUAUGUUUUUGAAACAGGCAUUUGAAGGAGAAUACCCUAAAUUAUUGCGUCUUUAUAAUGACUUAUGGAAACGUCUUCAACAAUACAGCCAAAGUAUUCAAGGAAAUUUUAAUUCAAGUGGAACUGCAGACCCCUGUGCUGACUUACAACACAUGGAAGAUGAUACACAAGACAUAUUCAUACCAAAGAAGCCAGAUUAUGAUCCAGGAAAGGCUUUGAAAGACUCUCUACAACCCUAUGAGGCUGCUUAUCUAUCAAAAUCCUUAUCUCGACUCUUUGAUCCUAUCAACUUGGUGUUUCCCCCUGGUGGUCGGAAUCCUCCUUCUGCCGAUGAACUUGAAGGUAUCAUCAAAACUAUAGCAAGUGAACUAAAUGUAGCUGCUGUUGAUGCAGACCUCACAUUAGCUGUGUCAAAAAAUGUGGCAAAGACCAUCCAGUUGUAUGGCGUAAAAUCGGAGCAGCUGCUCUCCACCCAAGGAGGUGCAAGUCAGGUGAUUGGACCUCUUACCGAAGGGCAGAGAAGAAAUGUGGCAGUAGUGAAUUCACUAUAUAAGUUGCACCAGUCGGUAACAAAGGUGGUUUCCAGUCAGAGCUCAUUCCCACCAGCAGCUGAGCAAACUAUAAUUUCAGCCCUAAAGGAAGUCCAUGUUCUUAUGGGAAAUGCUGUGCAACCCUUGCUGACUUCCGUGGGAGAUGCUAUAGAGGCCAUCAUCAUCACUAUGCAUCAAGAAGAUUUUUCUGGAUCAUUACCCAGUUCAGGAAAGCCUGAUGUUCCCUGUUCUCUCUACAUGAAGGAGCUUCAAGGUUUUAUUGCCAGAGUUAUGAGUGACUACUUUACACACUUUGAAUGCUUGGAUUUUGUCUUUGACAACACUGAAGCUAUUGCCCAAAGAGCCAUUGAACUUUUCAUCCGAAAUGCCAGUCUCAUAAGACCUCUCGGUGAAGGUGGGAAAAUGCGUCUUGCUGCUGAUUUUGCGCAGAUGGAGUUGGCUGUGGGUCCGUUCUGCAGAAGAGUAUCUGAUUUAGGAAAGUCCUAUCGAAUGCUGAGGUCAUUCAGACCACUGCUCUUCCAGACAAGUGAACACGUGGCCAGUAGCCCUGUACUGGGAGACAUUAUUCCGUUCAGCAUCAUUAUUCAGUUUUUGUUCGCAAGAGCACCCCCUGAGCUGAGAUCCCCCUUCCAGAGGGCCGAGUGGUCCCACGCGCGCUUCUCCCAGUGGCUGGAUGACCAUCCCUCUGAAAAGGACAGGCUCCUCCUCAUCAGGGGUGCCCUGGAAGCUUAUGUUCAAUCAGUUAAAAGCAGAGAAGGCAAAGAAUUUGCACCAGUUUAUCCCAUAAUGGUUCAACUGCUUCAAAAAGCUAUGUCUGCUCUUCAGUAAUAAUGUGAAGUAUUUCUUAAUGUCCAUUUUGUGCUAACCCAUCCAAGGUUGGCAAUUAAACUAACACACACAUACUCUAAAGGACAGCUACCAUCUACUAUUUUAAGAAUGUAAUUGAAUUUUUUGUAUUUCCUGAUGAUCUUUCCUGUUUACCUCUGAAGCCCUUCUACCUUAUGUAGCAUAAUGAUUCAUCACCACCACCUUCCAACUCUGUGGACCUGAUUUUUUCCAGAAAGAUACCAAACUCUUGUCUCUCCUCUCAGGCUUUUCUGUGAGGCUAUCUAAAACUUCUUUCCCAUCACCGAGUCCCCGCUGCUUCUUAAAGGAUUCGACCAGCUUAUAGUAAGUACACUGCUUCUCCCCAACCGGUAUCCUUCCUCACUGGAUAAGUAGGAAGCCCAGUGGUUUCCAUUAUUUG